GCCCCGCACGGUGCACUCUGGGAAGGCAAGAUGGCGGCGCAUCUGAAGAAACGAGCUUACGAAGAAUUCAGUCACGUUAUCCAGGAGGAGGUCAAACCUCCGAAGAAGCUAAAGCUUGCCAGGAAGCCGUCUCCCGAAGAGGUCUUGGACCUCAGCACAGCCAAGACCCCCCAGGCUGCAGUCCAGUUGCUGUUAAAGUUCUCCAACAACCUGCCUGAUGAGUCUGGUGCAGUGGAGGUUGCAGUCAGGCACUUGUUAGAGUUCUGGUACAAGGAGAAGGAGUCGUAUGUGCGGAGUAAGAUUGCCCAGUUGCUGGGUCGCCUGGCUCACACACCGGGGUUUGCAGCAGCUGCACUAGUGGACGACCUGACCUCACUCUUACAGGCUGAAGAGUCCCACCAGGUCAGAGCCCAGCUGCUGGACUCCCUGCUCCAGAUCGGGCGUGGGCUGCCCCUGCACCAGGACCUGCACAGGAAACUGGUUACUAUAGCACAGCAGUUUCUAACAGACACAUACCAUCUGGUCCGCUCUAAAUGCCUGGAGCUGAUUGGCUGCCUGGGCACAGCAGGGGUUGCUGGGAAGGGAGACCUGGCGGUGGAGAGGAUCCUGGCUGAUGCGUCACAUGACCAGGACCCAAGGGUCCGCACCAGUGCACUGCAGGCUAUGCUGACCCUGCACCAGCGAGGGUUGAAACUUAGCCUGGGAGGCUACCAGCAGGCCUGUUCAGCCCUGACUGACGACUAUGAGGGGGUUAGACUGGCAGCAGUCAAGCUCAUCUGGGUCUACAGUCAACUCUAUCCAGAAACAAUGAUCCCUGUCCCAUCCUCCAAUGAGGAGCUGCGUCUUGUGGAUGAUGGCUUUGCUAAGAUCUGCAACAUGGUGAAUGACCUGACUAUGACAGUUAGAGCAGAGGCUGCUGGUCUUCUGGGUUCUCUACACAGAGUCAGUGAACGGUUCCUAGAACAGACUCUGGACAAAAAACUCAUGUCUCAUCUUAGGAGAAAGAGAACGGCUCACGAGCGAGCUAAGGAGUUGUACGCUCGCGGUGAGUGGUCUACGGGGAAGAAAUGGGGAGACGACGCUCCGAAAGAAGAGGUUGACACGGACUCCAUCAGUCUGAUUGACAGUGGGGCCUGCGGGGCCUUCGUUCACGGCUUAGAGGACGAGUUCUUAGAGGUUCGCAAUGCUUCAGUCGACUCCCUUUGCGAACUUUCUUCCAACAACCCGACGUUCGCCCAGCAGAGUCUGGACUUCCUGGUGGACAUGUUGAACGAUGAGAUCGAUGGCGUACGGCUGAACUCCAUCCGCUCUCUACGCAAGAUCAGCCGCCAUGUUGUGUUACGGGAGGACCAGCUGGAUACUGUUCUAGGUGCACUUGAUGAUGCAUCUAAACCAAUCCGUGAGGCCCUCCACGAGUUGCUGUGCAGUUGUCAGCAGCUGUCCAAGGCCUGUCUGAACAGCACCAUCCACGCCAUGCUGCGAAACCUCAGCAAGUAUCCCUCAGACAGGCUGUCCAUAUGGAGGUGUAUGCAGCAGGUUGGCAGCCAUCAUGCUGACCUUGUGGCGACCUUGACCCCUGACCUCCUGUGUGCACACCCCUACUUUGAUGCCACAGAGCCUGACAUGGAUGACCCAGCAUACAUAGCGAUCCUGAUCCUGGUGUUUAACGCAGCGGUGUCCUGCCCCACCCUCCAGCCCAUGUUCCCUCAACACACCCUCAGGCACUACGACUACCUGAGAGACAGUCUCACAGAGCUGGUGCCUCAACUCAAGCUGGAGGGUCAUCGGUCCAUCCUGAUGAGUCCUGACCGUCAGCGGCACCCCAGUCUGGACGACCACGGGAGUUUCCUGCAGCACAUCCUGAGCAGACUGGGGGCGCUGCUGCACAUGCAGCAUGGUGCAGCCGUGGAGCUGCUGCAGAUGACUAUCAGAGACCUGGAGAGAGUAGGGAGUUUAGAGCCUCAGCUGACAGCCACGGCUGCCUGUACAGCCAUGUACCUGCACUGUCACAUGCUGUUCCGCAAGGCACUGUCUGACCAGCUGUGGGCCAUGCCAGCAGCACUAGGGGCAGUACAGUGUGCAACAGUCAGGGCAUCUGUUAGACAGAUGUUGGAGUUGACCCAUCAGAUGGAGCAGUUGUUCCUGGGUCUGAGUUCAGAAGAGGUGGGGUGUGUACUGCAGAUGAGACUGAAGGCUCACACACUACAGCUGCUGGUAGACUUACGGGGGAGGCAAGCUGGAGCAAAAGGGACUAAAACCUCGUCACAGUUGUGUGAGUUGUACCUACAGAGAGUGACUGAUGUACAGAGUUAUCUGAUCAGUAACAAGGUUGCGGCAGACUCCUUCACACAGGCCCUGCUGGCUGAGAUGUCCAUGUUAGAGUCCAGUAAAGCUUCACUCAUCGCAAAAUACCUCUUACCACUCAUCCAAGGACACAUCCCUCCGGCUAUGGAGAUAGGGAACUGUGUACGGCAGGCGCGGGCUGACAUCGCCGAGCCGUCCGGAGAGUCAGAUAACGUCCAGCGGUUCACGGCCGGACUGGCGCUGGCGAUAGAUGUGGACGCCACACUCGAUAAUGUGACCCAGGCACAAGAUGUACUGAUACAGCUGAAGUUCCCUGACGGGGAGACCCAGCUCACCAGUGUGAGACCUGCUGAUAUCCACAGACUGGGCCCGCUCCGUCACAGGGUCCUCACACAGGUGUACCUGUCUCAUCAACAAUGGACAGAGCCAUGCCAUGUGGAACUGGGAAUGGUAUUGCCCUACUCUGGGAGAGACCAAGAGGAAGAGGAGGAGGGAGGUGCAGCAGCCAACGUCAUCCCUCUGUGUAAACCUGUCAAAGUGUACAUCCUACCCACCCCUACCAAGAGAUGAGAUGGAAUGGUCCAAAUGUUGUCUUUGUGGCAAUACAGCUUGCCCUACAUGAGGGGAAACAAGAAAUGACUGGAAAAAUAUCAUUUCCUUGAACAUCCCUAUUUCGCAGGUGAAAUAUUCCACACAUGUAUGUUACUGACUUAGAUUUGGAGCAGUCCAUUUAAUGAAGGGGACAAAGCAGUUUAUUUAAUGAAGUUUUGUUUUCCUUUAAAAUAAGGCUGGCAAAUGGUAUAAUGUUAUGUUAACAUCUUAUAAAACUUGUGCUAAUUAAUGAAACUAGACUAAGUGUUGGAUUCAAAGAAUGUACAGUGUAUGUAGAAAAGGACUUUAGAAUGUCAUUCUUGAACCAUGAUAAUAAAUGAUGACAUCUCUCAUAAUUGCAUUGUGACUUUGUUUUUUAGGAAUUAAAAAUGAAUAGAAAAAUCAGAGAUAGCAAACUUCACCCCCUUCCCUAUACUGCAUUGCAGUAAGACACAAUAUCAGAAAUACCUGCACAGCUCCAAUUUUACCUGCAUUAACUGAGGCCAUGUUGAUUUGAUUAUAUGGAUGACAUCCGCGC